AGCAUCAGCAGGAGCAGGAAAACCGUGCAGUUGUCACUCGGCGAGUGUCAGUGUCCAGAAGAGAGGCAGUAGAGCAGCCAGAGCGUUUCGGGACGGUACGGUACGGAUUUGGGAGUCGUGCGAUUUGACUAUUGCGUUUUGAGUAGCCGCUAUGGGGUCCGGCGUGGCGACGGGUCUUCUGCUGCUCGUGUGUACCGUCUUCCUUGUGGAUGCUGUCACUCUAGAUUUAGGAUUAACCAAAGAAUUAGAAGAAGUAAUAAAGAAGGACGAGUUCGUGUUGUCGCUUAAACACCUGAAGGCGAGGAAACGCAACCGGGGAUCCGUUGAAACUCUGUUUUCCGUCGACUUUCCAGGCGCCGAACACAAAUUCAUUCUCCAGCUGGAUAGAAAAACUAAACGAGUGGUUGUUGAAACGUUGGAGGACAGCAGGAAAAGAUCUCAGCACUUCACAGUGGACACGAUAAACGAGAACACUACCAUAAAAUCCUUAAUUUUGGCAGUAAACCAGAGCCAACCUGGGGCGCACGCCACCCUCUACAUAGACUGCAUCUCGUACGGAAUGGUGGCCACGCCGAAAUCCAUGAGGGAAAUGUACAUCAGCAUGAGACAGCCCCGAAUGGAAGUGUUCCACGAACGUAAAUACCCAAUGGAAAUCGAUGGCCAGAGAGAUCUUCGCAUGGUACUUAGCAGAAACGAAUGUCCAAUGCCGUUGGAAACAUCCUACCAAAAAGUCGAUUUUUUGGACCACAACGCUAACAGCCUGAAGGACGACAACGGCUUCCAAUCUUACUCGGCUGAUUAUCCAAACAGAGGAGACAUUCCCCUGGUCAGCACACCAGAAGACUUUGGUAUUAUUGAAGCACUUAAUAAACUGAUCACUGCCACGAAUGAAAUGCAAAGGAAAUGCGAGAGGGACAGUCAAGCUUUGGAUCACAUUCGCAGACUUUUGGAAGAAUGUGACUUGUGCAGACAACGUCCGGCACCGAUUGUACCAACCUGUGCAAGUCAUCCUCCAAGCUGCUUCCCUGGUGUACAAUGUCACGACACGGCGGAGGGCCCCCGUUGCGGCAACUGUCCCCGCGGCUACAUCGGCAACGGCUACGACUGCCGCCCCGGGCGCACGUGUGCCGACCGCCCAUGCUAUCCGGGCGUCGAGUGCAGGGACGGACCGAACGGCGCCGUGUGCGGCAGGUGCCCCGACGGAUACGAGGGCAACGGCGAACAGUGUCGCGAAAUCCGCAGGAAUCCCUGCGACUACAACCCAUGCGCGCCAGGAACGACUUGUUAUCCCACCGACGAGCAUCCCUACUACAGAUGUCUCGGUUGUCCCCCCGGAUUUACCGGCAACGGAACAAAUUGUCAUGAUUUAGACGAGUGUGAUUUAGUUCAACCCUGUGAUCCCAAUGUAGAAUGCAUCAACCUUUCCCCAGGCUACAGAUGUGGAAGCUGUCCUCCCGGUUACACCGGAAGUGGUAUCCAAGGAGUUGGUAUUGAGGAAGCGGCUAGAAACAGACAACGUUGCGUAGACAUUGACGAAUGUGCUCAUGGGAGAGUUUGCGUAGAAAAUUCCCAGUGUAUCAAUACUCAAGGAUCAUUUAUUUGUGGACCAUGUAAUCCAGGUUUUAUCGGAAACCAAUCAGUGGGUUGCCACCACGGCGAAGGGUACUGUAAUGGGCAGCAGUGUGACAGAAAUGCACAAUGUGAUUAUGGAGUUUGUAUCUGCAGAACCGGAUGGGCUGGAAACGGCAUAUAUUGCGCUCGCGACAGAGAUUUAGAUAGAUGGCCUGACGAACAACUACCAUGCAGUGAACCGUUCUGCACAAAAGAUAAUUGCCCGGACACUCCAAAUUCCGGACAAGAAGACGCAGAUCGCGAUGGCUACGGUGAUGUGUGCGAUCCAGAUGCGGACAAUGACGGAGUUACUUAUCACGAGGAUAAUUGUCCUUUAAUACCAAACGCUGACCAAAAAGACUCCGAGCAUAACGGAGGGGAUAGAGUUGGUGAUGCUUGCGAUAAUUGUCCUUACGUGAAGAACCCAGACCAGUCAGAUAUUGACAGAGACGGGUUGGGAGAUGCAUGUGAUGAUGAUAUGGAUGACGAUACUAUACUUAAUAUAAGAGAUAACUGUCCGACAGUUCCGAACAGAGACCAAAGAGAUCAAGAUGGUGAUGGUAUAGGUGAUGUUUGCGAUAAUUGCCCUCAAAUUCAUAAUCCACGUCAGAUUGAUAGCGAUGGUGAUUUAGUUGGUGAUGAAUGUGAUACUGCUAGGGACACAGAUAGAGAUGGUGUUGGAGAUGACAGAGAUAAUUGCAGGAUUAUUCCAAAUCCAGAUCAGGCCGAUAUCGACAGAGAUGGUCUAGGAGAUGUGUGCGAUGACGAUAAAGAUGGAGAUAACAUUCCCAACCAAAUAGAUAACUGUGAAAUUGUCUACAAUCCAUACCAAGAAGACUUAAAUAGAAAUGGUGUCGGAGACAUUUGCGAAAAUGAUACGGACAAUGACACAAUCGUGAAUCACUUAGAUAAUUGUCCAAAUAAUUCCUUGAUUUACCAAACAGAUUUCAGUAAAUAUCAAACUGUAGUAUUAGAUCCUGAAGGAGAAUCCCAGAUCGAUCCCAACUGGGUUAUCUAUAAUCGGGGCGCUGAAAUCGAACAAACAAUGAACAGCGAUCCAGGAUUAGCCGUGGGACAUGACAAAUUCAGUGGUGUUGAUUUCGAAGGCACAUUUUAUGUUAACACUGAAAUAGAUGACGAUUAUGUAGGUUUUAUAUUCAGUUACCAAGAUAAUAGGAAGUUCUACACAGUAAUGUGGAAGAAGAACACUCAAACGUACUGGCAAUCAAGCCCAUUCAGAGCUGUUGCUGAACCAGGUAUUCAAAUCAAAUUGGUCAAUUCCGAAACUGGACCUGGACAAUUGCUCAGAAACUCAUUGUGGCAUACCGGAGAUACGGAGAAUCAAGUUAAACUUUUGUGGAAGGACCCAAGAAAUGUUGGAUGGAAAGAAAAGACUGCUUAUCGCUGGGUGUUGAUGCAUAGACCUAGAAUUGGAUUGAUCAGGUUGCGUAUCUUUGAGGGUGAGGACAAAGUUGCUGACUCAGGUAACAUCUUCGACACUACUCUGAAUGGAGGAAGGCUUGGAGUUUUCUGCUUCUCACAGGAAAUGAUCAUUUGGUCUGAUUUGGUAUACAGGUGUAACGACAAAGUCAGAGAAGAUGUUUGGAGGGAAUUGCCACCAAGCAAGAGGAACCUGAUUGAUGUGGACGAUACAAGAACCUAUACAAUUCAAGACAAUAACCUGGGAUACUAAAUGAAAUUGAACAAAGUACCAAGAAAAAUAUGUGUUCCAUCUACUAUAAAAAAACUUUUUCAACUAAUGUAAUUAUAUUUGCUGUUAAGAAGUACUUACUUAAUUGUUUUCAUUAUGUUUUUAUUUUGUAAAAGGAAUAUUUAAAGUUUUUGUACAUUUUAUGAGAUGAUUUGUAUUUUACUGUAAUAUAUUUUAUUAACAGUCUUGUUAUUUUCUAUAAUAAUCUGAAUAAAUAAUUUUAUAUUUA